AUGGGUUUCUCAUCCAAAAACGACCCCGAAACAGCCCAUCCAUUGCCGGUCAUGACGCCAGACAACGCCGGGGAAGGAUACAAUGUUCGAGGUGCUAUUCCGCCAUAUAACACAGCAAAAGAUGCCGGCUCAGUCCCCGAUUACACGCGCGAGUACCUAGGGCAGCUGCCAGCGGCCAUCGAAGCCCACGUGCGACUCAGAAGCGACGAGAUGACGUACCACCUGCAAGCCGUGGCGCGGUAUAAGAGAGCCCUCAAAGUCAUGUGGUGGACCAUGGGGGCGUUUACGCUGAUCUUGCUCAUCCUCGCCGCCUUUCUCUUGGUUAUGAUUACCGAGAAGGGCAGGUAUAACUGA